AUGACCUUGUUUACGUCACUAUUACCACCAACUUAUCUGACACUAAUCGACAACUACGACCGGAUCCCCGUGGCAGGGGCGGUAUUCAUCCACGGAUCGCGUCGGGCAUGGCACAAUGACGACCCAAGCUACGACAAUGCGGCGCUGCUUCUGGCGCUGGAUAUCCCCUCUGUGAUGUUGUGCAGCGGAUACCAUAAUCUGCGCUGCGAUUGGAGUCUACUAAGCACGUGUGCGCCGUCGGCGGGACCCCAGGGAAGUAUUGAGAAUACCGCGCAGGCGGUGCUGCAGCUGAGGAGUCUGCGGGCGGUGUCAGAUCGGGCGUUGCCAGGGGCGUUGCAGGAGUUGUUGCCGCUGGGGUGGGAGAUGGGUUGGGAAGAAUGGAUACGCUGCGGGCGCAGUGCUGUGCGCAGUUUGUGGUGA